AGGCGUCCGUCCAAUUGUGUUUGUGUGUAGGGACACACCUAUGCAUGCCGGUGCGCUGCGUACUCUCUCUCUCUCUCUCUCACUAUUUUAAUAAAUCCCUGUUUCACUCUUCCUUUUUCCUCCUCAUUUCCACACCUCCCUUUUACUCCUACUAUAUAACACAACCCCCGCCAUUGUUAACUACUCCAUUCCCCAGCAUGGGCCUCGCCAAAUUCAUCAAACGCAAACUCAUCCGAUGCCAAUCCCCCGCCUCCGCCCCCAAAAAACACACCAACCCCAACCUCCCCUUAACAUGGCACGAAAUCCAGUCACUCACCACCGACUUCGCCACCGUCAUCGGCUACGGCGGCUUCAGCACGGUCUACCUCGCCCAAUUCCGCCGCUCCCCCGCCGCCGUCAAAGUCUACUGCUCCAGCCAGCGCGUCUACGAGGCCUUCCAGCAGGAGCUCCGAAUCCUCCUCCACCUCCGCCACCCACACAUCGUCAAACUCCUCGCCUACGCACACCACCAUCCCCAGCCCGCCCUAAUCAUGGAAUUCCUCCCCAACGCCACCCUACACCACAACCUCCACGAUCCCAACACCACUCCCCUCACGUGGCCCCAACGCGCCGCCGUCGCCUUCCAGCUCGCCUCCGCCAUCGCCUACCUCCACGACGCCUGCUCCCCUCACGUCGUCCACGCCGACAUCAAGCCCUCCAACAUCCUCCUCGACGACCACCUCAACUGCAAGCUCUGCGAUUUCGGAUCGGCCAGCAUCGGAUUCUCCGCCGCCGUGGCGCCGGGGAAGCGGCGAUCGGCGACGAUCAUGGGAUCGCCGGGGUACACGGAUCCUCUGUACCUGCGGACGGGAUUGGUUUCGAAGAAGAACGAUGUCUACAGCUUCGGAGUUGUGGUUUUGGAGCUGAUCACCGGAAUCGAGGCGUUCUGCCCCGCCACCGGAGAGAGGCUGGCGGCGAGGGCGGCGAGGAGCGCGGCAGAGAUGGUGGAUCCGAGGCUGCGGCGAGGGGAGGUGGAGAUGGGAGAGGUUGGAGCGAUGGCGGCGCUGGCGGCGAAGUGCAUUUCCGAGACGCCGGGAAUCAGGCCUUCCGCUUCCGAGAUUUUGACAGCGAUGAGAGAGGCGAUUUCGUCUCUCGCACUCGGGUUUCACAAGAAGCUUGUGUAAAUACACAUUCGAACAUACUGCAUACACAUACAUACACGUUACAUGACUUAUUGUUAUAUGUUACGAACGAAAGUGUAGUUUAGUUGAUAAAACGAGCAUGUUCAUUAUUCAAUAGUAAGAAUUUUAUUUAUUGAUUGAA